CCCAGUCCCGCCGCCGCCGGGGCGGGGCUCCGCGCGGUGCCGGCCCUGGUCCCGCUGCGGCCUGGCCGGGCGGAUGGAGGCGGCGGACGGCGGGCCAGCGUGGAGUGGCAUCGGCUUGCACGACUUCAGCGGGCAGCUGGGGGAGCAGCGGGUGUACUUCCACGCCAUGCGGCUGCGGGACUCGCUCUUCCUCUGGGUGGGCGCCGCGCCCGCCCUGUCCAGCCUGGCCGUGGCCAUGUGCAGCCCCCGGGACAGCGUGCCCGUGUCCACCUCGCUGCUGGGGGACCCCUCCGACACCGCCUCCGCCUGCCUGGCCCAGCGCCUGGUCGCUGUUGUACUAGCGCUGAACACUGGAUUUCCUUCCAUCUUCUGGACGCUGGGAGGCUUUCACAAAGGGUUUUCUGUACAACCCCGGCAGCGAUGUAAAGGGAAAAAGCCCAGCUUGACUUCUGGAGCAGUAGGUAAGUCUGCUAGGCUGCUAGAAAUGCGUUGUGUGCAUACAUUGAACGUACUCGUUAGAAAAAUCAGAGCAGUCAAUACCACCACCACUGCUAGGCAUCCUGUCGCUACAGCUCUAGACUUGCUUCUUGCUAGGCUGUUCUUUCAAAGGCAAACCCUCCUGCUAUUUUGUUCAACAAAAAGGGCAGCUAAAAAUGAACUAUGCGAAAAAAACCCCAAAUCCCAAAACACACCACAGAGCCAAUGGUGUAAUGACUGUUUGUAGCUGUCAAUACACGCUGUGGUAUUGAGCAGUACCUAUUACUCACAGCAAUUUUAGGAACACUGAGCAUAGCAACCCGAUGAGCAAAUUGAGUAUUCUUUUCUGCAAGUUGAGCCCUGACUCAGACAAACUUCUGAUGCAGAUGAAAACACCAAGUUCACCAAAGGUUGGUGCACAAUGUGGGAUUACAGCCAGGUUGUCUGAAGGAGCUGGAAUGCCCACGGCUGCAGACUUGCCAUCAGCAUCGUACAUUCCAUGUGGGAGCACCGGGCCUAUUCUUACCUGGUAGGCACAGCCACCAACGCCUGGCUGCAGUUCAAAAUCACGGCAGCAAAAGCAGCUGCUGGAGGAGAUUUUAAUUUAUACAGCCCAGGAAGCAGAGU